GAAUGAACUCCUGUUUUAACAGAUCAGGAAACCAUUUGUCCAACUUUACUAACACGGAAUGUUUGUCCUUCUUCGACGGAUUGGUUUGCUGGCCGGAGACUGCGUUUGGUUUAACAGCCAAGGUUCCUUGUACAUCCAUAGAGUCAUUCAAGCAGAUUAAACUUAUCUUUCCUUCAGAAAAUGAAAUCGGAUUCGCGUACAGACAAUGCAGGGAGGAUGAACCGGUCUGGGCUGAGAAAGCGAACUACUCGGAGUGUAUGGACGCAAUCUCUAGAGUAGAAUCGGGUUGUGAAUCGAGCAUACUCUUCUUUAAAUAUAGAUCUCUGCAGUGUGAUCGGUUGAGGAUUCACAGGAACUUUAUGACCUCUCUGGUUAUAUUUUAUCUGAUAACGAUAAUCUACUAUGAGCCCUACAUACACUCCCAACCACCUGGAGAACCCAACCUGCAACCCUGGUACAAAUAUCAGGCGUGGAUGUGCAGGUGUCUGAUAUCCUGCCUAAUGUUUGGUUAUUUAUCUCCUGUAUUCUGGAUGUUUAUCGAAGGGAUGUAUUUACACUCUCGACUCUCCACCAACGUAUUUGAUGCUACAGCACCCUUCAAAAUAUACAACACGGUCGGAUGGGUUUUACCAGUUCUGAUAACUGGAGUCUGGUCUGGAGGAAUGUAUCUGAGGUGUGAGAAGGAGUGCUGGGAUGAUUAUUCCAGUCACUCAAUCAUCUAUAUCCUGAUAGUUCCCAUGAUCACUGCUCUCAGUGUCAACCUUCUCUUCCUUAUCAACAUCGUCAGGAUUAUCAUCACCAAGCUGAGGAACCAACCAACCCUCACUACACAGCAGCUCCAGUUCCGAAAGGCUGUGCGAGCAACACUUAUACUGUUUCCUCUCCUGGGUAUUACCAACCUUCUCUUCUUUAUCAAUCCUAAAUCUGUGAAGAGAAAAGAACAUGAAUUUAUCUAUAUGCUGGUCAACACAGUUCUUAAAUCAUCCCAGGGAAUCCUGAUCUCCUUCCUGUACUGUUUCUUCAACACUGAAGUCCAGGAAGCUCUGAAACGAAUGCUGAGAAGGAUUAAAACCAGAAUAUCUCUCACAGAACCUACAAGGAGAAGGAACACUACUGCAGGUGAAUGUAUGGCGUUUCUGGAACUUCCAACAAAUGAAACAAUUAUUACAGGUGGAUGCGUUCAGAGAUUGGAAAUGGAGAGUAAAUUUUCAACCACAGUGGAACUAAUCAAUCAUUAGUUUAACACACAAGUUCGGAGUACUCUGUACUCUGAUUACCGGAAAUAGUACACAGAAAACUCCAAAAUGUACUUGAUGUACUGUCUAAAGUAUUAAGAACCGUGUAAAUAGUCUGAUGUAAACUGUACACUUCACGCUGUACUUUGGAAACUGUACAAGUACAGUGUUUACUGUUUACAGUAUACACCACCACCAUUCUAAAUUGUCCCUAAAUGUUCCUAAUUGUUUUUAACAGUUCCUAAUUGUUCCCAAUCGUUCUUAAUUGUCCCUAAAUGUUCCUAAUUGUUCCUAAUUGUUUCUCACUGUUCCUAAUUGUUCCCAAUCAUUCUUAAUUGUUCCUAAAUGUUCCUAAUUAUUCCUUAUCGUCCCUAAUUGUUUCUAACUGUCCCUUAUUGUUCCCAAUUGUUCUUAAUUGUCUUUAAAUGUUUCUUUAAUUUGUUUCCAUUUGUUCCUAAUUGUUCCUUAUUGUCCCGAAUUUUCCUUAAUGUCCCUAAUUGUUCCUCAUUGUUCCUAACUGUUCCUAACUGUUCCUAACUGUUCCUAACUGUUCCUAACUGUUCCUAAUCGUUCAUUAUCGUUACCUUCUUAAAAAAUAUACAAAAAAUUAUA